AUGGCCGCCAACUACGACCCAGAGAUCGACCCGUGGACAAGAAUACGACGCAACCUGACGUAUUGCAGCGAAAAACUCGUCCUUAAUCACGAUCUGCUGCAGCUUCUGCUGGAGCACAGGUUUAUAUGCAAAGGAGAUUACGAAGAAUUGCUGAUGCCGACCAUUCUCUCGUGCAAACGUAAAGACCGUCUGUUGCUAGACAUUCUACCAACGCGACCAGCUGACAAGUUUCCAGAAUUCGUUGAAAUACUUCGACGCGUGAGACUCACUGACUUAGCGAACAAAUUAGAAGGUCGUAGCCCAUCUAGCAAUCCAGCUUCACAGAACAAUGAGCAGCUUUAUUCACGAUUGACAGAGCUGGAAAGGAGAGUUCAAGAUCAGGGAAGAACCAUACAAGCUCAGAGCUCACUAAGACUAUCAGAAUUGGGAAGUUCAAGACAUGAGGUUCUAUCUCCAACUCACCAUGAGGUGGCAUCUAAUGUUGUGAACACUGAGCAUCAGGAACAAGGAGAGAUUCCAGUGUUUGGUCCUGAUGGUAGACAUGGUGCUUCUUCAUUAUCACCUCAGCACCAGAAUACAACAUCAACUGGACAACUUGAUUCACACUUCCCACAAAUACCUUCAACAUCACUUUAUCAACAAACACAAAGGGUUGGUCUGCCUGAUGUUGUUGAGUGUGAUAGUGCUCGUCCCAGUACUCAUGAAAGCGCUUUUACCAAUGACUUGAAUACUGAUGUGAAUAUGGAUGAGUGGGAAGCAAGAAGAAACGAGUACUAUGAACGGGGUAGUCAGUCUUACGAUCUUUCAAGUGGCAGAGAAUGGAGUGCAAGAUAUGGGGACACAAAAGUACACUCUGUUCCUGGAUCUGACCAAUUGUCAUCUGUGCCAGACCUUUGAGGUCAAUUGAUGUGUUAUGAAGAAGGCAACUGAUCGAAUAGUCAUCUUGUGAGUUACACUGUUUGCCACAUCACUGACAGCUGCAUUCCAUUAUGUAAUCUUUUUGUUAGUGACUUGUACAUAAACAUAUUGCUUUAGUACAUAGUGUGGGCUUUGCUGGGCAUAGUGACUUUGCAGAUGGGUUUGUGCAGUUUUGUAACUGUUUUAAGCAUUUUUCUAAGGUUCUAGUUGUAUCUAUUUUAAAAGAACUUUCUUUACCGGUAUUUCACUUGCUUGUGGGCAUGCAGACAUGAGUGUUAGC